CCAAAUCUUAUUAAACAUUUCAUGAUACAUUUUGUUUCACUUAAAAAUUAUGGUCGAAAACCUAAAAAAGUGAUAUUAAUUUUCAUAACCAUAAAUUAUCACCAUGUAACUUACUAUUUUUUGACAAUAUCAGAGUAAAUAAAAACAAAGUCAGAUCUCACCAAAAGCAAGUGCUCCCAACAACAUGAAUAAUAUCCAAACCUCUUUUAUACUUUCCAGCAAGUACCUACACAUUCCAUUUCCAUGGGGAAACCUACAAAAGUCACCUAUUACCGCUUUAGGGACAAACAAAUAAACUAACAAACUUAACACUAGGGGAUGUGGAAAACCGAUCGCCGUCCGCCGCUGGGCAGACAGUCGCGAGCGGCCCGCGGCCCAACACCUGUCGACGCGAGAGUACCGAGCGCGCGACACAGGAAGUGCAGUGAAUUACCGGACCAAACAACUGUUACGGCCUAUUCAAAAUCCGAAAGCGAUCACUAUUUUUUCUACGUUCCGUGUGAGUCAAGGAUUCUUAUUUUGAAUUGUGACCGCGAAGUCACGUAGAAGAGUUCAAAUCGCGAAGGCAGGUGACACUUUCACCGAUAGCGCACGCGUCUUCCCACGGUGAAACCGUGCGAAGUGAGAAAAUGGUCUCACCACGGACCAGCAACAACGCCAGAUGUGUCAGAUGACUGUCUACAAUGCAAGCGAAGCCAUUGGCUCACCCGCCGCGAGUCCGGUUAAAACCGGUCCAGUACAAAUGCAUCAGGGGGCUCUGGCUGCUGCUGACCAUACUAGAAGUAGUGGUAGCCAACAGACCACCGCGAUUCUUUAUAGAUGGCCAGUCGGAGAUAGUUGUCAGGCUAAAAGAAGGACCUGACACACCCGUCGGCAGCCUAAUUUACCGGCUAAGGGGCAUUGACCCCGAUGGAGAUACCUUACAAUUUGGCAUUAGAGACCAACUUGGUAGUGAUAUUUUAAGAUUAGAAGCCAUUUCAUCCAACGAAGCAAAUAUUUAUUUAGUUAAGGAAUUAGAUAGAGAGAUCCGCGAUGAAUAUUCUUUUGUAUUAACUUUGACUGACGGACACUUAGGCGAAGGAAACUUUAUAACACAAAGCUUAUUAUUGUUAGUCGAAGAUGUAAACGACAACGAACCGAUUUUCAAACCAUAUCCUUCCGCAAUAACGGUUAAAGAAAAUGCUUCUCCUGGUAUUUUGACGACUGUAGAAGCAACAGACCUUGAUGAAGGAGCUUAUGGACAGGUACUGUACCAUUUACAAGAACUAGAUGGGGACGUAGAAAGUUUUGCUGUACAAACUGUGAACGGUAAAGGAGUGGUUCGCUUGACGAAUCGGUUGGAUUACGAACGGAAAUCGUUGUACCAACUUCGUGUGUUAGCUGUGGAUCGUGCUAACCAAGGCAGGGUGAAUACUGGGACUGCAGCUAUACUUGUUAAAGUACAGGACGUUGAGGAUCAACCUCCUGAGUUCGUGGUAGCAAGUCCAGUGACUAGAAUCAGUGAGGAUGCGCCAGUCGGGACUUCUGUUUUACAAGUGCGGGCAAUUGACGGUGACCGUGGGAUCAACAACCGCAUUUCAUACAGCAUUAUAUCAGGUGGUGAGGAACAUUUUGAUAUUGACAGCAGUUCAGGAGUUGUCUACACAGUUAACCAGCUUGAUCGCGAAGACCCCAAUAACAGCAAUGGAGCUUACAUAUUGGAGAUAUUGGCUACUGAAGAGUCUCGUGUUAUAUCUCCAAUGCCAAGUGCCACCACCGAGGUGACAGUCAUUGUAACUGAUGUUAAUGAUGAAACUCCAAGGUUCAGGAAUGAUAGAUAUGUGUGUGAAGUAUUGGAGAAUGCCCAGCAAAACACACCCGUUACUUUCCUACAGGAUGCAAUCCCUGAAGUCUUUGAUUAUGAUCAGGGUAAAAAUGGAACUUUUGAGCUAUAUCUAACUGGAGAUAAUGGGGUAUUCGAUGUGACGCCCUUCAAAGGUAUCAAUGAGGCUUCGUUCCUCAUCAGAGUGAACGACGCAACCUUCUUGGACUAUGAGAAGGUUACUGUUAUGAAUUUCAGUCUAGUCGCCAAAGAAAUUGUUACCAAAGAUCCCAAAAUGAGCAUAGUGCCAAUAGUAGUUCACAUAAAGGAUGAAAACGACAACUUUCCGGAAUUCACAGAAUCUUUAUACACUGUAUCUAUACCAGAGAAUUGUGGAGUAGGUACAACUGUAGCCUGGGUACAGGCGUUAGACCAGGACUCCGAUAAUUAUGGUACUAGAGGAAUUAGAUACACCAGUUUAGGAGGAAGCAUUGCUAAUUUAUUGAAUUUAAACCCCGUAUCAGGAGUAAUAACAGUAAAACAGGCGGGCGGUGACAGCUUCGAUCGCGAACUCGUUACGCGCCAUUAUUUGACAGUCGAAGCGAGAGAUGACUUAGGCAAAGGCAACAGGAACACAGCCCAGUUAAUUAUCAACAUAGAGGAUGUUAACGAUAAUGCUCCGAUGUUUUUGGCUAAAAAGUAUGAGGCAAGAUUGCUCGAAAAUGAAAAGCAGUUUGAGAAUCCACUGGUUUUGGAAGCUAGGGACAUGGAUUUGAAUGGUACAAAAAACAGCCACAUAGAGUAUUCGAUUGUCGGCGGUGAUUACAAGAACAACUUCUCGAUUGAUCCCAACUUGGGGAUCAUCACUCCGGUUGACGGGCUCGACUUUGAGCAGAUACCAGGAGAUAAUAGCAACUUGAGGCCUAUACAUCUUACUGUACGAGCCCGCGACUUUGGCGAGCCAUCUCUAUCGUCCACAGUGCCAGUAACAAUCUACGUGCAAGACGUGAAUGACCACGCGCCGAUGUUCCAACAGAUGAUGUACAAACGGUCUAUACCAGAAGAUAUGCCGGGCGGUACCAGUGUGCUUGAGGUGAAGGCCCGCGACGCGGACGGCUCUGCGCCCAACAACGUGGUGUCGUACCGCGUGACGCGCGGCGCGCGCGACAAGUUCGUGCUGGACGCGCGCUCCGGCCGCCUCAGCGUGGCCGCCGGCGCCGCGCUCGACCCCGACAGGACCGCGCACAACACCAACCGGUACACGCUCACCGUGGUGGCGAUAGAUGGAGGAAUAGGUGAACAUCAACUGAGCGCCGCUGUCCUCGUCAACAUUACUAUAGUAGACGUCAACAACAAGCCGCCCGUGUUGGUCGAACCUGGUACUAUCACCGUCAAAGAGAAUACUCAGGUAGGAACGGAAAUCUACCGCGCUGUAGCCUACGAUCCCGACGAACAGCCAGUGCUGCGCUACGCCAUUGAUAAGAGCGGCAGUGUUGCCAGAAACGAGGACGGAAUACCUAUAUCCUUUGCUGAAUAUGACUACCUGUCACUGUUCGAUUUGAACGCUGUUGAUGGGACGUUGAAAGUUGCCAGACUUUUAGAUAGAGAAAAGCUUGAAGUAAUCAAACUGGUUAUAUCAGUGGAGGAUAUGGCAGCUAUCGACCCUGGUCCCAAACAGACUGCAUCAGCAACCCUCACAAUAGUUGUCGACGAUGAAAAUGAUAACAACCCUGUAUUCAGAAAACCUCUUUAUAAGGCCUCAAUCACUGAAAAUUCUAAGAAUGGAGUCAAUAUCGCGACGGUGAUAGCUGAUGAUGCAGAUAAGAAUAAGAGUGUCAGUUAUUAUCUUGAAGGUCGUGAAGAACUCCUAAGCCUAGUGCAUAUGGAAAGCAAGACGGGUGAACUGGUAGUCGCCAGUAAGAUAGACCAUGAGUUGUAUCCCUGGAUCAAUCUCACUGUUAAAGCAGUAGACAGUGGGGUGCCUCCAAGAUAUUCUGUCGUUGAUAUAUUUAUACAGGUAUUAGAUGAAAACGACAACAAUCCAAUAUUCGAAUCGUCGGCAUUUGAAUACCGGGUACUUGAGGAUGUGGAGCCGGGGACGACUAUUGCUAACAUAUUAGCUAAAGAUGCAGAUUCCGGGGAAUAUGGAAAGAUCACCUAUUUACUAGACCGGAUGUCCACACAGGGUAAAUUCCUAAUAAACGCAGAGACAGGUGCCCUGACGGUAUCAGACUGGUUGGAUAGAGAGACGCAGGCGACGUACAACAUGGUGAUAGAAGCCUGGGACAAUUACCAGUUUGGAUACCUCAGCGGGGAAAGCCGGAAUGCUUUUAAACAAAUUAUUGUAUACAUAGAAGACGUGAACGACAACCCUCCAGUCCUGUUCGUGCCGUCGGAGUGUACGACCAUAACGGAGUUCCACAACCAUCGCGAGCCGAUCCUAUCGGUGUCGGCCACUGACGCUGAUGAUAACGCCGCGCCUAAUGGACGCGUGCAGUUCCAUUUGGUUGGCGGGAAAGGACAUGAUCUGUUCCGAUUCGAGCAAGUGGGCGGUGAUGCGAACACUGGCCGUCUGUUUGCUCGCCAAUCGCUGAAGGAUCGCUUUGGGAAUUACACGUUGGUGGUCGAAGCUAGAGAUCUCGGUAUACCACCGAACGCGGUGCGAGGAGAGUUGAAACUAUGCGUAACUGAUUAUAAUGACCACGCACCCGUUUUUGUACAUCCACCUCAGAAUGUCACUAUUAAAGUACCUGAAAACGCAACAAUCGGAACUACAGUAGUAGAAGUCCGCGCGAUAGACGCGGACAUCGGUCCCAACGGCGCGGUGCGGUACCGCGUGCGGCGCGACGCGGCCGGCGCCUGGCGCGCCUUCAGCGUGCACGCCACCAGCGGACAGCUGCGGACCACGCUGCCGCUCGACAGGGACAAGCAGACUACCUACCAGUUAAGAAUAGAAGCAUACGACCUCGGCUUGCCCACGCCGUUAAGCUCAGAUUUGGAUCUGACUAUAUACGUGCAAAACGUAGACAAUUACCGUCCACGGUUUCCCAACAAACACAUACACAUUAAUUUCACAGAGAAUUCUCCUAGAAGUGGAGUAUAUUUGCCCAGUGUUAUAGAGAGAGAUGAAAUUGACCGCGGAGACGAACCUACUCUACCUGUCUGCUAUUAUAUUGUUGAUGGCGAUAAAGAUAAUAUGUUUGAGUUGCACAGGAGUACGCACAGACUAUCAACACAACAACCAUUAGAUCGAGAACUGAAGUCGGAAUAUACUCUAACCAUACUGGCGUCAGAAGAUUGUGUAGCUCAGCCUAAAUACGAAGAAGACGUAGACGGAAUUAGUUCGUUAAAAGUCCACAUUAUUGUAAAUGACGUUAACGACAAUGCACCCAAGUUCACCAGCCAAAUAUUCACAGGAGGAAUCACUACGGAAGCUGAUUUCGGAAUUGAAUUCAUGCAUGUUAAGGCCGUAGAUCUAGACGAAGGUGACAAUGCUAAAAUAAGUUACUACCUCAUUGGAGAAGUCAAGGAGACUUUGACAGAAGGCCUAGAAAACUUAGAAGUAUCUCCAUUUCUGGUCAAUGUCGAAACUGGCGCAGUGUCCUUGAACUUUGACCCACAGAAAGGAAUGAAAGGAUACUUCGAUUUCCAGGUGUUAGCAAACGAUACAGGUGGUCUACAAGACGAAGCGCACGUGUUCAUCUACCUCCUACGUGAAGACCAACGCGUGCGUUUUGUCCUACGCUCCCACCCAUCAGAAAUCCGAGACAAGAUACACGUAUUCCGCGAACAACUCGCAAGAGUAACAGACUCAGUUGUCAACAUCGAUGAUUUAAGAGUACAUGAGAAUAAAGACGGAUCCGUUGAUAACACUAAGACAGACUUGUAUUUACACCUUGUGAACGGACAGGAUCACUCGGUUUUAGAAGUUGAACAAGUAUUAAAGCUUGUGGAUAAGAAUAUUGAACAGCUGGAUGAUCUUUUCAAGGAGUUCAACGUACUCGAUACGCAGCCGGCUGAGUACCAGCCACUGACAGCAGAAACGCUGUCGUCCAACCAGACGGUGUUCUGGCUCGUGUGGACGUCGCUGUUCCUGGCUGUGCUGCUCGUGCUGUCCGUCAUGAUGUGUCUCUCGCAGCGCGCGGACUACGUGCGGCGGCUGAAGGCGGCCACGGCAACCGCUUAUUCAUCGCCAACGCCUGGGGAAUCGGACAUGACAAUCCGCAGUUCUGGCGGUCGCGUCCCCAAUACAAACAAACACAGUACAAAAGGAUCGAAUCCGAUAUGGUUACACGCUUACGAAAACGACUGGUACAAGUCAGAGGACCAGCUCAGCCGCUCGGAACGCGACUCCCUCGACGAAAACGCCGUCGACCAAGACCUGUCUAACGAGAAACCCUACUUCAUCACCACAGGGGCUUUCCCUUCUAUUGAAUCCAACGAGCCCGAAGCUCAAACUAACCAGGCGAAAUAUGACUUUUACCAACAACUGGAACAAAUGAAAAAUGCAAAAAAUAUGGAAACGACUGAACUGUAAUCAUUAGAAUAUAACAUUAUAAAUAUGUGCCUUUGUAAAUUAUGUACCUCCAUUAUUUUCUUAUUACUUUUUGUAAUAAACUGUAUGAUAGUAUGGCUUUAAUUUAUUUAAAUUACUUUUUCGUCUUUUUACUAUUUUUUAUACAGUUGGAAAGUAAAGUUACAGUUUCCCCUGAUAUACCAUGGCUGAUAACAAUUGACAAAAGAAAACAUGAACUCAUACUAAUAAUCGCAAAGAUCUAGUAACUAAGUAACCUCUUUACAUUGCUAAUAGGAUCAUCAAUUUAUUUCUUUCGAUUUUAUCAAGCUUAAUUGUUUCGUGUGAAUAACGUGCCGGUUCAUAAAUAAAUCAUUAGUUUCAUUUGGUAGGUCUGUAUUAGGGCACGGGCUAUUUAAAAUGAAGACUAAGAGAAAACUGCCAAUAAUUAACGUAAUGUCAUCGCUUCAAAUAGUCUAUUUAUUAAUUCACAAAAUCUUUUUCAUUAACGAUGAAUUUAAUCGACUAGGUAACGCUAGCGGAGCGUGCUACUAGCAGCACAAAACAAUCAUUGUAUUAAGUGAAUGAAAUUAUAUGGCUACCUGCAUUUUUAUUUAUCUUAGCAGAAUGUUAUCAAAAAAAUAAGCACGGUAGGUAUCUUUUUUGUUGCGAAUACUAUUGAGAUUAGCUCCAAAUUAUGUCGUAGAGUUAGGUUGUGGAGUUAUAAACGGCCCCAUUAGAUAUGAGACAUAAAUAUGGUUCGUGUUCAGAGGAAAAAUGCAACGAUGGAUCCUAAGCUUUAAAUAAUUAAUUUGGGUUUCUAAUAUUAAAGAUGAAAAUGUGCAAGUCAUUAUAGAUGAUGACGCUAGUCUAAGGUACUUUUCCAGCUGUAUACUGGCAGCGUUGUGCCUCAUAAUUGAAAUAACGUUUAUCUACGAUGCGAUCCGAGGAAAUGAGAUCAGAAUCAGUGUGAAAGUAGGAAACAACCUACGAUAAGAAAAAUCGGAAUGAGCAAUCAGCACUAAGAACUUUGGCGAGACUACCACAUCAGUAUAGACAUGGAUUAAUAAGGAUAUGUGCCCGUAUGCGUGUAUAAGGUUAGUAUAUAAAACGAACGGAUUUAUCAUUUGGCAGGAAAUGAGAGCAAUGAGUACUACAUAUCGUUUCUUUCUAGAACAUUAGGGUUGCUUAGUAUCGGUAGAAUGAGUUCAAAUCUAGCUGCACUAUUAACAUCAUAAGAAUAAUGUUUAACUCAGGUCCUAAUGCUAACGACAUACAUAAAAGCAUACGCAAACAAGUCUGCGAAAUAAAGAUAAAAUCUCUUUCCAUAGCAAUUAUUUGGCAGAUUCUCAGUCAGUGACCCAGUGACCAACAUGUAUGUCAGCUAAUUAAACUCAAAUGAAUAUUUACAGUCGCUUACGUAUUUACCAGGAAAUUGCCUAAAUAAAGCUCAAGGUGUUAUUUACAUACACAAUAAUUUAUUGUUUCUUACAAUUUAGUGAAGCUAAAAUACAAGUUGUUGGUUGAUUACAAUUUGAAAAGCUUUAAAUUUGAAUCUCCCAGUGAUAGAUCAAGUGAACAAAAGCUUCCUCUUGCCUGCAGCUGUAACGUUAACACACCCAUGCUUAGCCACUCGUGCCAUGACGCUGUUCACUUCGAUAAGUUUUGUUCAUUACUCAGAGGAAACAAGGAUGGUUCAAUGGAUAGGAUAUUCGUGGAAAU